AUGGCGAAGGAUAGAAGAGAUCGUUCUAGGUCAUUUGAUAGGUACAGAACAUCCCCAUACCCAAGCAGUUCCAAACGUCCCAAGCUCUCUUCACCCAAGGUGUCGUCAUCAAAGCCAGAUGAAAACAUACAAGAAUUUGAAGAUGCCCGGUGCCCCGUUUGCAUGGAGCAUCCACACAACGCCAUCCUCCUCAUUUGCUCAUCGCACGACAAAGGUUGUCGGCCGUACAUGUGUGACACCAGUUAUCGUCACUCGAACUGCUUUGAUCAGUUCCGUAAAUCGUUCAAGCAGCAGCCCUCAGCACCACCGCUUGAAGAGAGUAGUAUUGGGGGCUCAACAGAGGUAGUAGUAGUCAAUUCAGAAUCAGCAACUGUUCCGAGCUCUGCUGGAAGUGGUAGUAGUAGCUGUGACAACAAGGUGCCACCUCAGCUGAUGUGCCCCCUCUGCCGAGGCCACAUCAAGACGUGGGUGGUACUGGAACCCGCUCGGAGCUUCAUGAACUCGAAAUCAAGAAGCUGUGCCAGCGAGGCCUGUGAAUUCAGCGGCACGUAUUCUGAUUUGAGGAAGCACGCGAGGCACGAGCACCCCCUCGUCAGGCCGUCGGAGGCCGACCCCGAGAGGCAGCGGGAUUGGAGACGGAUGGAGCGCCAGAGGGAUUUGGGGGACUUGCUGAGCAUGCUACAGGCCUCGUUUGGUGAAGAUAGGGUGGGGCUCGACGAUGACAGCACCGACAUAAUGAUGCCGCCCAUUGAAGAUGGCAGUUUCCUUACCUUCUACUUCCUCAUUAGGGUUUUCAGACCGGGGGUCAUAGUCAGUGGGUCAAGGAGUAGAGGGUCAUCAAGUGCUGGAAGACGGUCGACUGCUACUAGUGCAGAUCGUUGGGGGGAGCUUCGCAAUGAUGAAGAGACUGGAUCUUCUUCCGGAGAAGAGGAGAACAACAACAAUGAUGACUCGGACGGAGCAUCAGUACCCUCCAGGCAAAGCGAGCGGAUUCGGAGGCAGCAUAGUUCACCAGACUCUGAUGGAGUGGCCCCGACUCUAAGGCAAAGCGAGCGGAUUAGGAGGCAGCGAAGGACUCCAGACUCGUCGUGA